CGUUCUUGUUUCAUCCCCUCCGGAGGCUGGAGCAGCUGUGCUUUUGCGUGCUACCUAAUAUAAGGGCAUGGGCGAGCAUCUUGUUUUUGAAACGAGGUUCGCUGCUCUUGCUGUGAGGCUGUGAUAGGGCUUAGGGUUCGAGUGCUGUGAAGGCAUGGCGUUGCUUUCUACUUGGUGCUGGCAGUCUGUCAUUCGUGGGCUGCCAGCAGCGUGGUUGCGGUCAGGAAUGCACGGUCUUGCCCUUUUGUGGAUUAUAGUGUUCGUGUGGUUUAUAGUGUUUUUCAGGGAACAACAACAACAACAACUAGGAGCAGAUCUUACUUGUUGUUUACAAGUAUUUUUCUUAGUCCUGUCUCAGAAUAAGGUAGAAUAG